AUGCACUUGUCUUUGCCAAAGGUUAUUGAUGCAGGUCUAAGUCAUAUGAUGGAUGACAAGGCUACAGAAUUUAGCAACCAUGUAGCAACUCCAAGGGAAGUGGAGAAUGACAUAAGCCUUAAGGAGAAACUUUCGGAAACAACGGCAUCACAAGUUUGCGAAAAUAAGACAUGUGAGCAACCAACUGUUGAGGCACGUGUGAAGGCACAACUAUAUUCAACAUCAUCUGAUCUUGCUUCAAACAUCACACUCAUUAAGGUUGAGAUAAUGCCAAACACCUUAAAUGUGAUCUUUACUUUCUUGCUCAAAGGAGAGCCACCAGAUGCACCAUGCAUCAUGAAGACAGAACAACACCAAGAGAGAGGGUAUGAUGCGGACAUCAGAACUAGAUCAGCCCAAGAGCACACCAAACCGGUCUACAUGGAAACUUUUAAAGAAUCUUUGUCUAAGUGGAGUUCUGAUCAAGUACAAGGUGAAGGGUUAAUUAUUCACCAUGAUAUUAACCAUAAGAAGUCCGACAGUUCAAGAGGGAUCAAAAAUCAGCAAGUCAAAUCACCUUAUUAUUGGGAUAUGACUGUUGCACUCUUUUUCCCUUAUCUACGGUUUGUCCCAAUGGGUUUACCUAAAAAGGUUUUUAAUGAGGCAACACCAAGUCAUCAAGGAAUCAUUUACCAUCCAUAUGAUUCAAAGAUGAUAGCUGAUGUACAUUCUGAUCUACUCGCGGACAAGCAUGCUGAACUACUCGCUGACCUUACCACACAAGAAACCAAUGAGUCACUACUUACCAUAUAUGAAGCAAAAGGAGAUCAAGCUUCAAAAAAUCCUUCAUUAUUCACUUAUGCACGUCUUGAAGCUUCCUACAAUGAACCUAGACACCCCAAGGAGUCAUGGAUUCGCACCGAAGCUUUCAAGACUCAAGGCAUCUAUCUACUUGCCUUAUUUUGCCGAUUUGGUUCAUAA